CUCUCUCUCUCUCUCUCUCUCUCUCCUUAUUUCUGCUCCUCUUUUACUGUCGGGUUUAUUCUUCUCUCAAUCGGACAUCAUGCAACUGAAGCUUUUUAGACUUUCUGUACAGUUUGACCCAAAUAUAAGCAGGUUUUAUCUCAGCUAAAAUGGUACUUUGCUUCAAUAAUAAUCUUUAGCGCUAUUUUUAUUAACGCAACAACAAGACGUUGCGAUUUAAAUUAAGUAAGAUAAAUUAACAUAAAUAUGGAAUCAUUAAGGGAAGCAUACAUUUUGCACGCUUUCGGAUUUAUUCUGCUCUCAACACGGACAUCCUGCAGCUGAAGUCAAGAAGUCCGAGACUUUCUUUACAGUUCUCUAAAUACAACUAUCAGAUGACAUGUGGGAGUUCCCGAGGACUCGUUACGCGGAUUGUAACGGCUCAGAAGCGAGCGAGGAGACGGAGAUUUCUGUGAAUAUCGGAGGUGUCAAGCACACUCUCUACGGGGACGUGCUGAACCGAUAUCCCGAGACGCGUUUGGCGGAGCUGCUGAACCGAGUCUCUGAUUCCGCAGAAGAUCUCUCCGGGCUCUGCGAUGACUACGACGACUUAAAACGGGAGUUUUACUUCGACAGAGACCCAAAGGCAUUUAAAUGCAUCCUAGAGCUGUACUACUACGGAGAGAUUCACAUGAAACGAGGAAUCUGUCCCAUGUGCUUCAUGAAAGAGAUGGACUACUGGGGAAUCGACGAGGACUAUCUGGAUGAAUGCUGCAGAUGUAGUUUAAAUGAGGUGGAAACCGAGCUGGCGGAAAUAGCAGAGAAAGUCAAGACCAUCCUGGAUGACCUGGAGGAUGAUGAUGAUGAUGAUGAUGCGAGGGUCAGCAGAAGCCAGAGGUGCCAGACCUUCCUGUGGAAGCUCAUGGAGAAACCGGAGUCCUCUGUCGCAGCGCGCGUGAUCGCGGUGGUGUCGUUCGUGUUCAUCCUGCUGUCCUCUGUGGUCAUGUGCGUUGGCACCAUUCCGGAGCUGCAGGUGCAAGAUGAUGAGGGUCACCUCACGGAGCACCCGACCCUCGAGGCCAUCGAGACGGCCUGCAUCAUCUGGUUCACAGUGGAAUACGUUUUGCGCCUCGCGUCCUCUUCAAGCAAAUUGCACUUUGUGUUUUCCUUCCUGAACAUAAUCGACUUCCUCGCCAUCAUGCCUUUUUAUGUAGUGCUGAUUCUUACGCAUUUGGGCACUGCUAUGAUGGAGCUCGCCAAUGUGCAACAGGCGGUGCAGGCUCUGCGCAUCAUGCGUAUCGCGCGCAUCUUCAAACUCGCGCGCCACUCGUCAGGUCUACAAACGUUAACGUUCGCGCUCAAAAGCAGCCUGAAAGAGCUGGGUCUGCUGCUCAUGUAUAUGAGUGUGGGGAUUUUUCUGUUCUCCGCGCUGGGUUACACGAUGGAGCAGAGCCACCCAGAGACCAUGUUCACCAGCAUCCCGCAGUCCUUCUGGUGGGCCAUUAUUACUAUGACUACUGUGGGAUAUGGAGACAUCUAUCCUAAAACCACGCUGGGCAGAUGUAACGCAGCGGUCAGUUUCUUGUGUGGCGUGAUAGCCAUCGCGUUGCCGAUCCACCCGAUUAUCAACAACUUCGUCAUCGUGUACAGUAAACAGCGCGUGCUCGAGACCGCAGCCAAGCACGAGAUUGAGCUCAUGGCGUUACGCGCGAGGGAGGAGGCGCAGGAGUGUCCGGAGGCUGAGAGAAGAGCGGCUUCAGUUGACAGCAGCUCGAUGUGGGACAGUGCAGCUGUGAGCGCCUCUCAGAGUGACUCCUUCAUCCCUUUACUCGGUGAGACAGCCACGGUGUCCAAAAACCAACGUGCCCAAAAAUGCAACAACUAGAGGGAUUUACUUAUAAUUACGAACAGUUUACUUUGAUGCUUAGAAACCGAAAUCAAUAAUAGGUCUAUGUAAACGCGUGCUUGUCCAUCCAUCCAUCCAUCCAUCCAUCCAUCCAUCCAUCCAUCCAUCCAUCCAUCCAUCCAUCCAUCCAUCCAUCCAUCCAUCCAUCCAUCCAUCCAUC